AUGUUGAGGUACGCGUCGUGGAUAGAAGCGCUCGACCAUGUGCCCGGACUAAACUUGGCGGAGAAGUCACGGGCGCGCAUAAUCAUCCUCUCUAAGCCGCGUGAGGACCGGGAACUCUACUUCCAAGGCACCUACGCCGAGGUCGCGGCUACCAUUAAGGCGCUCCUCAGGGAAACACCGGAGGGCAACAUCAGCGCAUCACCAGGACCUACAGCGCUCCGCCUGACUCUCUGCGCCGAGGCAGCUGCUUUGGAAGCUAAUUUAGAAAGCUUGCGCCCGAGCUCGACCAACGUCUCCUCCUGCUGCACCUCCGCGUCCUUGUCCAGCCGGCCCUCCACCAGCCAAAUCCUGGUGCAAACCGCGGCCUCAGUGCCCCAUUUGGGCUUCCUGCCGGAAGCCUUCCGCGCGGCCCGCUUCCGCGCCACCCAGCCGGGCGACAUCUUCUGCCGCACAGUCAAGGAACUCGUCCCUGCUGCCGACGGCGGCGCCAGCCUUACGCGGACGCGGAUCAAAUUUGCCAUGGCGGUCAACGUGUACGUGCCGCCGCCGCCCUCCUCCGCCUCCUCCGCCUCUACGUCUUCCUCCUCGUCUUCGUUCUCCUCCUCAUCCCCAUCCCCUACACUGGCCUCUCCUUCGUCCUCCUUCACAGCUCUGUCCCGGUCUCCGUCUUCUUUCUCUUCCUUCCCCUCUUCUUCCCCUCGGUGCCCGUGCAAGGCCAGCGCCUCUCGCGCACAGUACGAUUGCAGUAACGAGACCACCGGCGUGCUGGUGAUCGCGGUACGGAUCCGUACAAUGGAGGUGAGCCGCCGCAGCAGCAGUCGUAACCAGCAGCACCCCGAGGAGUACGAGGCGGAAGUGGUUCCGGAUCCGGCAGACAGCUUUGCGGCGGUUUCGGAGGGGCUUGACCAGGGCGCCGUACGAGCCGCCCAGGUACUGUGGUGGCAGGGCAGCCCCGUUCUGGAACCUGUAACAAGGGUCAGCACGUAUUGGAGCCAUAGCCCAGAAGCCACCACCGCCGCAUGGCAUUCCAUUCCACCAGGACAACAGCAGCCAAGGUGGUCCUGA